GUAUAUUGUGUUUCAAAACUUCUCUAGUGAUUACUGCGUGUGUAAUAAUGCCGGAUGUGUUUUUAGCGUUUAGUGCUAUUGCACUUGCUUUGAGUUUUGUAAAUCCUGCUCAUGUGUUAUCUAGUAACACCCCACAAAGCAAGCCUUAUGAGGACAUUUGGGGUUCUAAAUGGGUGGUGCCAAGAAUUAACCACCACAGAAAUGUUGUGCCUAGUACAGAUAAUGCCAAAUUUCUUGUUAAAGGCUCUCCAUAUUCUAGUAUUCCAUCAACAGCUUUGCCAAAACCUGAUGCUGAAAUCCAGUGUGGUGCCAAGGACAUGACCCUAAAAAUUUCAAAACUUGGAUCCUCUCCUCUGCAUGUGAACCAAAAUGAGUCUUGGGUGGCGGUGUUCCAGAAGUUGCCAAGAUGCAGUAGCAGGAAGUCCAGGCACCGACGACAGUUGCCACCUCAUUUUGGAUGUGUCCUUUCCAAACCGGAUGGCCCAGCUACAUUUCCUGUGAGGGUUGCCGGAACCCCUCUGGUGAUUGGCUGCCCAUUUCCCCCACGCGAUCCUACAGUUGAGUGUACCACUGGCCUGCAGUUGCGACUUAAUGGUGUCUCUCCUGGCGGCCUGAAAAUCAAGGUGAUGGGGUACUGGUAUCCCCUGAUGGUUAUUUGUAGAUGGUGUGGACUCUCUGUGGAACUGCAGGGUGGAGAGCUGUCCAUUAAGGCUCCAUUCAAAGGCUCCUGCACUGAAACUAAGGAUGGUGUCCAUAGUAUUUCUCUUCGUUCAGGAGAUACCGAAAUGGUUUUCACCUGCUCACCACCAGUCUACCCUACAUACCCACCUUACCCUUACCCCACAUUCCCUCCCUAUCCUUACCCUACAUACCCCGCUUGGUUAACUGCCCCACCUACUGUUAAACCUCCACUCCCAUGGCCCAUUUUCCCUCCACCUCCCACACCUCCCAAAACUAUAUUCCCUUGGCCAGGCCUGCCUUACCAUGUCCAUCCUUCUCCUGCACCAUUGCCAACUGCCCACACUCUUCAGCCUCCACCCUCCUGGCCAUAUGUACCCUCCUGGCCUGUUGUGCCUCAACCUGCACCUGCUCCUGCGCAGCCUUGGCAACAGCCUUUCACAUACCAGAGCUGGUAUGCCCAAAAACCUGAUGGCUCCAAUGCAGGUCAAGUGACACAAGUUGAAACUUCUGAUCUGCUGGGAGAUGGACAAGCAAGUAUACCUGCCAAGGAUAGCUGUGAGUUGAACUUGAACAGUGAUGACAGUUGACGGCACAGCUGAAGGAAGAUGGAAUCGUGUUUAUGUAAACAAAUAAAAUUAUUUAAAAAAUAA